AUGACCAAUGAAGAUGUUACGACGGCUUUUGUAACCCUCGAUCAAGCCAUGAAGGCUCAAGCUAACCGGGAUGUGGGGACUAGAGUGAAUGCUAAUGAAAGUAUCGUGGCCUCAAGAUUAAGAGAUUUUGUGAGGAUGAAUCCUCCUGUUUUUCUUGGCUCUAGAGUGGGAGAAAAUCCCCAAGAAUUCUUGGAUGAAGUUUAUAAAAUAGUCAAUGCUAUUGUGGUAUCUUCUAGGGAGAAAGCGGAGUUGGUUUCCUAUCAAUUGAAGAAGGUGGUCCAAGUGUGGUUGACUCAAUGGAAAAACAAUAGGCCUUUUGAAGCGGGUCCUAUAGAAUGGGAGGAGUUAAAGGGAGCAUUCCUUUGUAGGUACUUACCCCGUGAGAAGAGGGAGUGUAAGGUUGCAGAGUUUAUCAAUCUUAAGCAAAGUAGCAUGAUUGUGGAAGAGUACUCCUUGAAAUUUACUCUCUUGUCUAAGUAUGCUCCAUCCUUGGUCUCUAACCCUAGGGAUGAGAUGAUUAGGUAUGUGACGGGUAUAUCCGACCUAGUUGAAGAAGAGUGCCUUACGGCGAUGCUCCAUAAUGAUAUGGACAUUUCUAGACUUAUGGUGUAUGCUCAAUCUAUUGAGGAGUCCAAACUUAAGAGAAAGAGUAGGGAGUUGAAAAAGGGUAGGUCCGAUGAGCAAGGUCAACCUAGGUUCAAUUGUGGGAAGAGGCAUCAUGAGAAGUGCCUAGCCGGUACUAGUGGGUGCUAUGGUUGUGGAAAGCAUGAUCACCAAGUGAGAAAUUGUCCUACUCUUACGACUAGAGGAAGGGAGGCCAAACAAGCUUCUUAUGUUGGCCCGGAUCCUAAUUCUCCAAAGAAGAACCAUUUCUAUGCUCUUGAAGCGUACAAGGACAAAAAAGCUAAUCCAGAGAAAGGUACCAAUAAGUUUUAG